AUGGAAUGGGCAGUUGUCAGGGCAGUGAACGAAUAUUCGGCUUCACUGUCCCUUACGCCUGUCAAGGCCAACUUGCCUUCUGGCUCUUUGAUGUUCGCUUGUAAGAUCACCACUCAGAGGUGCUCGGAACAUGGCGCCUUCCUAGUCAUCGUUCGAGCACGGAAGUCAUACCACGACCUAAUUGUGGCGAGUAUGUCUGAGCUCUCCUCACCCGACAGUUAUAUCUAUCGCGGCCUGUCGUGCGAAAGGGCAAACACGUUAGCCAUCGAACAGUUCAUGUUUUUCCGGUUCAGAUGGGGCUUCAGCAACCAGGGCGCCCAGUGGCUUUCCCAUCUUGACCCCCUUCAGAUAUCGGUCGAGCAUCUCGAUUCCUUCCGUACAACGCCACGAACGGCGAAUACCGGCGUUGAGGAGGGCAACGUCAAGUCGGGUCACCUCCUUGUUGACCCGUUCGGCAAAGUUCUUGACGCUGGUGAAGCUGUUCAUCUCAAGCUCCCAAACAUGAACGAAGUUGCCUCGGUUGGUAACUUUCUCAGGCUUAAAGAUGCUGGAUCUCAAAGGCACUGA